AUGAGUGAGAGAACAGCUCUUGGGGCCACCAUGGAGACCAUGACCCUGGAGGAGCCUGGGGUUGAAGAGUCCUCUCCUCGGGUCCCGGGGCCCCUCCGCUGUGGCCCCUGUGCCAUGUGGCCCCGCCAACAGACAUGGCUGUGCGCUGUGCCCUUGGUGAUGGGAUUUGUGGGACUGGGCCUCAGUCUUAUGCUCCUCAAGUGGAUUGUAGUAGGCUCAGUCCAGGACUACGUGCCCACUGAUUUGGUUAAUGCCAAGGGUAUUGGGCAAGACCCCAUCUUCCUCUCGAAACCUAGCGCCCUGCCAAAGGGCCCAGAUGUCACCACUACAUCCACUACCUCCCCAGGCAAUACUAAUGGGCCAAUACCUGGUUCAGCUGCAGAUGGGACCUCUACAGUGCACAGGACUCAAUCAGGCACAUCCUCAAACCACAGCAGCAACAGCAGUGGGGCAAGAGGUGCUGGGGCAGUGGAGGGAAGCUCUGGGAAUCGAGUUCCACACCUUCAUAACAGGGUUGGCACACGAGGGAAUGGCACAGCUAUACCUGGGGAAAAAGAAGUAACCCCACGCAGUACCACAGUCAGAAAGCCAAGUCCAGGUGGCAGCCGAAAUGUUUAUCCCUCAUCAAGAGCUGUACCACCAAGCCCAAUAUCCAUCACUACCACAACUACUGCAAUUACCACUACUUCUACAGUGAAAAGCACAGCCACUACCCAAGUGCCCCCACCUAUCACUACAUCUACUAGGCCUACUCAGCGCUUAAACCAUGGACGCGCCUCCAAGGGGCCUUCCACCAAGCCCACUCGUCCUCACAACCGCUUCAAAACACUCGCACCUACAACCCCGACUGUCCGCUCAGAGUUCUUCAAACCUUGUCAAGACAGCCAAGAGUUGGCCUUCUGUCUGAACGAAGGAGAAUGCUUUAUUAUCGAGACAGUGGCAGGAGUUCACAGACACUGCAGAUGUAAAGAGGGUUACCGUGGACUUCGCUGUGACCAGUUUGUUCCUAAGACAGACCCUAUCCUCUCCAACCCAACAGCAGAUGAGCUUGGCAUCGAGUUCAUGGAGAGUGGAGAGACCUACCAGAGACAGAUCUUGUCAAUCUUCAGCAUCGCCAUGGGGAUUAGCUUGCUGGGUUUGACCUGCAUGGCUCUUUACUGCAGGAACAAGAGACAAAGGGGAAAGCCUAGAGCUCAUCAGACUGAGAUCCGCUCUCUGAGGGACUGCAGUCUCAUAGCUUCCCGACUCAUGUCCAAAUCCAGCCCAAGGAUUGAUUAUGACCUGCAGCAUCAAAAGUGCUGCAAAGCCCAUGGGUCGUCCUCAACACCAGGCCACAGUAUAGGAUCCAACAAUUUCAAAGUCUCUUCACCCCAUAAGAGCAGCAGACUGGCUACAGUGAAAAGUUGCAGUCCUGCUGCAAAACAAAAGAUAUCCAAUCAUCAACCUGUAUCACGUUGGACACCACCCAUCUCUAGAGCAGGACAUUAUCUAGCUGGAGGAUCAAAGGAUUCUAUUCAUAGCUACAAACAUCUCCGAGAGCUGGAGUCCACAGAUACUACAUUAGAAUCUCUGAGACGGUGUCACUCCCAAACUGAAGGUAAUCAGUACAGCCGCUCCUUUCUGAACAUGCAUACUGAAGCCUUCACCCAUUCCAGAGAAAGGUUGACCCUGGCUGAUGUUCCUUGCACUCGUCUGGAUCAGGGAACAGCAUUUCCUCCUCCAGCCCACCGUGCCUCUUCUGUUCCCAUCAUCCCUUCUGUUCAGGCAUCCAACCCGGAGGACAGGGCUGAGGAUCAAAGCACCAUGGUCUUGCAGUAUAAGGAUGGAGUUUCUGUUAGCCAAACUAUCAAUUCAGAGAAUGAAAUAGGGCCAUUGUCAAAUUGCAGCCAGGGGUCACAUGCCCUGGGGAAUCAAACCAAACACAAAAGCCUUGUCACUUACACGACAGCUUUGGGACCACGUACAGAGUCCACUAGGGCAAAGACUGUCAUCUCUAUAACUGUACUGGGAUCAGGGAAGGAGCGUGUGCACCACUCCUCCAAUUUGGCCAAAACCACUGGAAGACUAGAGCAUCAACAUGUCCAGUCCACUCACAAGGAAAAAGAGGAGCAAGGAGCUGCUUUACACAAUCCACUUAUCAGGAGAGAGAGAGACUGCUACCUUUUCACUGAGCCUAAAGGUCUGCCCAGUCUCACAGCCUCUAAGAGCUGA